AUGAUUGUUUGUUGUGUAGGAAGCAAUUCUACUAUUGGCAAACAUCUUAACUCCGAGAAUUAAAAAUUUUGCUCAUUAAAUUUAUUAAAAUUCCAAAAAAUUUUUGAAAACAAAUUAUAUUAAUAUAUUUAAGAAUAAGGAAAGGAGUAAGCUGAUAUUGCAGCAGUACUCUGAUGAAGCUACACCACUAGAAGAAAAGCUUGCUCAAAUCGGCCUUCAUAUUGGCAUCAUUGGCACAAUUGCUGCAGCUGUUAUUUUUACAACUUUAUCAAUUUUCAUCAUUUCAGAUGUUGUCGAAGCCGGAAAAUGGGACGAUUCCGACACCGAGCAUGUAUUUACAGCUUUUAUCUUUGCAAUUACUAUAUUAGUUGUAGUAAUCCCUGAAGGGCUCCCAUUAGCUGUCACUUUAAGUUUAGCUUUCUCAAUGAAAAAAAUGAAGGAGGAAAAAAUUUUUGUGAAGCAUCUCAAAGCUUGUGAAACCAUGGGAGGCUGCCAAGAGCUAUUAAUAGAUAAAACAGGGACUUUGACCAAAAACGAGAUGAAAGUUAUUAAAGCGCUAAUUGGGAUAGAAAAAACAAAUAUAAGGAUCCCAGAAGUCGACUCUAAAGUCGUUAGCAUUCUGGGAGCUUCUGUCGCAAGAAAUACCACUGCUGAUGUACACUCUGUUGAUGGAAAUAUAGAAAAGGCAGGAAAUCGGACUGAAUGUGCUUUACUUAUGUUUUUGAUGCACUGGGGGCUGAAUUAUCAUCAAUAUAGAAAUAUGAAGACCCAGGUUAUGCAAGUCCCUUUUAACUCACAAGCAAAAAUGAUGAGCACUUUUAAUGUAGAAAAUCCUGAUGAUGCAGCUUUAUAUAUUAAGGGUGCCCCAGAAAGAAUUAUGAGACGAUGCACACAUAUGUUGAAAAGUGACGGAAAUAUUGUAGAAAUAACUUCAGCUGACAAAGAAAAGGUCAAUGAAAAAUUAAUCAGAUGGUCACAAAAAUCUUUAAGGACUAUUGCUGUUGCAUAUAAAGCAGGAUCAGUUAAAGAGAUAGGGCUUAAUGAUAAUCCAAAUAAAGAUGAAAUGGAUAAGGCAACUAACGGAAUGGUGCUUGUUGCUAUUUUUGGAAUAGAAGAUCCAGUUAGAGACGAGGCUAAAGAAGCUAUAGAAACUUUAAGAAAAACUGGAGUCACAGUCAGAAUAAUUACAGGCGACAACCCUGAUAUAGCUACCAGGAUAGGGAAAAAUUGUAGUAUUCUUGCAGAUGAUUAUGACUAUAAUACUAAUAAUGAUACUAUCAUACUUGGAAAAGAUUUUGACAGAAGAACAGGAGGACUUAUAGUAAAAGAACAGGAUGAAGUCAUUAGUUACUCGAUUGGAGAUGAGCAAGAAUUUAAAAAAAUGGAAGAACAUUUGAGAAUUUUAGCAAGAUGCAGCCCACAAGAUAAGCUACUUUUGACUAUAGGAAUGAGAGGACUAGAAAGAAUUGUCGCGGUCACUGGUGAUGGGACAAAUGAUGCAGCAGCUUUGCAAAGAGCUGAUGUUGGAAUUGCUAUGAUGACUGCUACGCCAAUGGCUAAAGAAGCGUCUGAUAUUAUUUUGCUUGAUGAUAAUAUUCAGAGUAUUGUGACUGCAAUUAAAUGGGGAAGAAAUAUAUAUUUUAACAUCAGAAGAUAUUUGCAGUUCCAGUUGACUGUAAAUGCAGUUGCACUUUUUCUGUGCUUGAUAGGUGCUGUAGCUGUAAAAAGCUCCCCUUUAACUGCAGUCCAAAUGUUAUGGGUUAAUCUUAUGAUGGACUCUUUAGCAGCACUAGCCUUAGCAACACAAGAUCCUGAUAGCAAAGUUCUUGAAUCUGCUCCUUAUGGUAAAAAUGAAUAUAUAUUAUCUCCUUGAAUUCUUGCAAAUAUCAUUAUCCAAUCAGUUUACCAAGUCACUAUUGUAUUGAUUGUGCUAUUCUGGGGACCUGAUAUUUUUGGCUGUGAGGCUGGCUGGAAUUCUGAUUGACCUGAAGAGGAAACAGUCCAUUACACUCUUUGCUUCAAUAUUUUCGUCAUGCUUCAGCUCUUCAAUCAAAUUAACUGCAGAAAAAUCAGGCCUGAAGAAUAUAAUGUAUUUUCUGGGAUUUUUGACAAUUGGCAAUUUUUAACUAUUAUUGUUGUUGAAUUUUCAUUACAAAUCUUUUUUAUAUAUGAAGGAGGAGAUUUUAUGAAUACAGAGCCGCUCGAUCCUUUUCAAUUUGUGAUUUGUGUAUUUAUAGGAGCAACUACUUUGCUAGUCACACUGAUUUUUAAAUUGGGCGUUAUUAAAUAUUAUGAAUCAAAAUCUGCUGGACAUAAAUAA